GGCCGGCGGCAUGGCUGUGUCCUGGAGGAGCUGGCUGGCCAACGAAGGGGUUAAACACCUCUGCCUGCUUAUCUGGCUCUCCCUGAAUGUCCUGCUUUUCUGGAAAACCUUCCUGCUGUAUAACCAAGGGCCAGAGUAUUACUACCUCCACCAGAUGCUGGGGCUAGGAUUGUGUCUAAGCAGAGCCUCCGCCUCUGUUCUUAACCUCAACUGCAGCCUUAUCCUAUUACCCAUGUGCCGAACACUCCUGGCUUACCUUCGAGGAUCCCAGAAGGUUCCAAGCAGGAGAACAAGAAGAUUGUUGGAUAAAAGCAGAACAUUCCAUAUAACAUGUGGUGUUACUAUCUGUAUUUUCUCAGGUGUGCACGUGGCUGCCCAUCUGGUGAAUGCCCUCAACUUCUCAGUGAACUACAGUGAGGAUUUCGUUGAACUGAAUGCAGCAAGAUACCGAGAUGAGGAUCCUAGAAAACUUCUCUUCACAACUGUUCCUGGCCUGACAGGGGUCUGCAUGGUAUUGGUACUAUUCCUGAUGAUUACAGCUUCUACAUAUGCCAUACGAGUUUCUAACUAUGACAUCUUCUGGUAUACUCAUAAUCUCUUCUUUGCCUUCUACAUGCUGCUGAUGUUGCAUGUUUCAGGAGGGCUGCUGAAGUAUCAAACUAAUUUAGACACCCACCCUCCUGGCUGUAUCAAUCUUAAUGGAACCCACCACCAGAAUAUUCAGUUACCAGAGUAUCUCUCAGAACAUUUUCAUGAAUCUUUCCGUGGAAGAUUUUCAAAACCAGAUGAGCUUACCCGGAAAACAUUUGUGAAGAUUUGUAUGGAAGAGCCCAGGUUCCAAGUGAAUUUUCCACAGACUUGGCUUUGGAUUUCUGGACCUUUGUGCCUGUAUUGUGCUGAAAGACUUUACAGGUGUAUCCGGAGCAAUAAGCCAGUCACCAUCAUCUCGGUCAUAAGUCAUCCCUCAGAUGUCAUGGAAAUCCGGAUGGUCAAAGAAAAUUUUAAAGCAAGACCUGGCCAGUAUAUUAUUCUACAUUGUCCCAGUGUGUCUGCGUUAGAAAACCAUCCAUUUACCCUCACAAUGUGUCCUACUGAAACCAAAGCAACAUUUGGGGUCCACCUUAAAAUAGUAGGAGACUGGACAGAACGAUUUCGAGAUUUACUACUUCCUCCAUCUAGUCAAGACUCUGAGAUUCUGCCCUUCAUUCAAUCUAGAAAUUAUCCCAAGUUAUACAUUGACGGUCCCUUUGGAAGUCCAUUUGAGGAAUCACUGAACUAUGAGGUUAGCCUCUGCGUGGCCGGAGGCAUUGGAGUAACUCCAUUUGCGUCAAUACUCAACACCCUGCUGGAUGACUGGAAACCGUACAAGCUUAGAAGACUAUAUUUUAUUUGGGUGUGCAGAGACAUCCAAUCCUUCAGCUGGUUUGCAGACUUACUCUGCAUGUUGCAUAACAAGUUUUGGCAAGAGAACAGACCUGACUAUAUCAACAUCCAGCUGUACCUCAGUCAAACAGAUGGGAUACAGAAGAUAAUUGGAGAAAAAUAUCAAGCACUGAAUUCAAGGCUUUUUAUUGGACGUCCUCGGUGGAAACUUCUGUUUGAUGAAAUAGCAAAAUGUAACCGAGGGAAAACAGUUGGUGUUUUUUGCUGUGGACCCAAUUCAAUUUCUAAGACUCUUCAUAAACUGAGUAACAGAAACAACUCAUAUGGGACAAGAUUUGAAUACAAUAAAGAAUCUUUCAGCUGAAAAUCUUUGAGAUGAACCAAGACUCUACAGAAGGAAUGAGUGCAAUUUAUAAGACUUUGAAACUCAGCUGAAUCAAACAGCUGUGUCAUGCCAAAGAGUAGCAAGGUUUUCUUAUUUAUGAUUAUUUAAAAUGGAAAUGCAGAGAAUGUGGCCAGAUGACAGGUCACAUUACAUGUUUAAUCUGGAAACCAAAGAGGCCUUGAAGAAUAUUUGAUGUGAUGAUUCACUUUUCAAUGUUCAAAUUAAAAGAAAACUAUUAGAUGCA